CUGACUGCCUCUGCUUUGCCAAGGAAACACAUUCUGGAUAAUUAGCCAUGUCUCUGAGAAUGUUUCAAAUUUUGGUGUCUGCUCUGCUGUUUACAGCUUCCAUUUCAGGUGUCUUUGGAGCACCAUUUCUGACAGAAGAAUCAGCAAAUCAAUUUAUACGACUUAAACGACAAAUACCAUAUUCUCAGAACUACUGGGACCCAACCAGCAGCCACAAUGCAUGGGGAUACACUGUGGCUGAACAGGUUAGUGAAUCAUGGACAGCUUUGAGAGACACAGCACAGUACUACAUGGACUUGGGUUCUUUUGCCUUUGAUCCUUCGAUUGCCAGCGACAACAUCAGAUCUUACACGGACAUGCUACAGCAGUCUGGGACUCACCUUCAGCAGCAGACAAGGAUGAGCUAUUAAACCCUACGCGUCUCGUAUCUGGCAAUGCUAGGAUAUGGCAUGUUAUGUAUUUGCCAUUAUGUAUUUGAUAAAAUGACUUUAUCUCAUCCCACCGUCUAAAACCAAAAUUAACACACUAAAUCUCUCAAUACCACAUAUUUUGUAUUCAUCAGUAGGAGUGAGAUAUAAGUCAUGGUAAGCUGAAUAAGAAGAUGAAAACAAGGAAACCAUUAACUUUUAGCAGAUUAGGUUAAAAAACCCAAACCAAACCUGUGUUUUCAGAUAAAAAUAAAUGUUUAGUCAAAAAACUGUUUUAAAUGUGCAUUUGUGCUUCUGUGACCGAAACUCACUUUUUUAUUUCUCAGUAUUUUACUUCAGCUACUUUUUGAGAGGCAGUUAAGAAAUGGAAAUCAGUCACUUCAGGUGGGUAAGAGAAAUUGAGCACAUUUGCUCCAGAUUUGGCUAGUAAGAGUAUACUUCCUGUACUUUAAGUGUAUUUCCAUUUUUUCAAGUGCUGGGGUCAAAUGAGUAGGUAUUAUAGUACACAUCCGUAUCAUGUAUAUGGUUUGCUUUCCACAUUUAAACUUCUGUGCCUGGUCUUGAAUGCCAAAACUAAAGCCACAGCUCCCACUGUGAGUUGCUUUUUCUUGCUCCAUGGAAGUAAAAGCUGGCGAAAACAUU